UUUCUCAAUUUGAAACGUCACGGAAACCUGUGCACACACAGGAAGUGUCAAUAAAUGGAAAGAACGGUUGUAAAUAAAAGAGCAGAAAGCCGACAACCCGUGAUGUAAAGCUUACAAGAAAAAACCAUGAAUGCAGUCCAACGUCAGCGAAUCAUAAGAUGUGGUUGGCUGAAGAAGCAAGGGGGAAUGGUCAGGACUUGGCAUCGACGAUGGUUCUGUCUCAACAAUGACUUCCUCUUCUACUUCGCCAAAGAGGAUGAUUCCCGCCCCCUGGGGUGCAUAUUCCUCCCGGGAAACAGGGUGUCUGAGAUUCCGUUUAACCCGGAUGAUCCAGAGAAAUGUUUGUUUGAGAUUAGUGCAGAAGUGUCUUUAAUGGAUGACCCAGGUAAAGGGCAAGCAAAAAUGGCCCCUAAUCAUGAAACCUACAUCUUAUGGGCAGCCAAUGACGAGGAACGACAGAAAUGGAUCAAAGACAUGAGAAAGGUCAUGUACUCCUCCUUUGGGGGAGCUAUAUUUGGACAAAGCUUAGAGGAGACAAUGGCUUAUGAACAUAAACUUGGUAGACGAUUGCCAUUCCUUAUGGAGCAGUGUGUCAAUUUCUUGACACAGAAUGGACUAGAAGUGGAAGGCAUUUUCAGAUUACCUGGUCGGAAUCUGCUGAUAAAAGAGCUGAAAGAAAAAUUUGACUCAGCAGAACGUGUUAUAUUUGAUGAAGAUGAUGUUGAUGUACACACAGUAGCAUCCUUGUUAAAACUCUAUCUCCGAGAACUACCUCAAUCAGUGAUACCUGCAGAGUACUACCAGAAGUUCAUGAACAUUGCCCUCCGAUUCCAGGGCUCACAAGCAAACGAGGAUAAGCAGAAAGCCAUUGAUGAUUUACGAGUGGCCUUAACUGACCUCCCUGAAGACAAUUUUAAUGUUUUGUCCUUCUUGUGUAAAUUUCUGGCUCUUGUGGGCAAAAAUUCGGAUGUGAACAAGAUGACUGUAUUGAAUAUUGCUACAGUGUUUGGACCAAACAUUAUUCGAAAUGUGUCAGAGGCAGAUAGUGCUGAAUUGCUCAUGGCAACUGCUGAUAUUACCCACCAGUUGGUGUUUAUGAUGAUUGAGUAUGAGAAAGAAUUAUUUGGGGAAAAACAGCCAGAGACUGUACCAGUAGGCAAUCUUUUGGACUUAGAGCCCUAUGACAGAACUAGUGUUCUCCAGCCCACUUCACUUAAUCUGAUGGACUGCAUUAACAAGGAAUUAUAUGGUACAGAUGCAUCAGAAAAGGAAGCAAACUUUCAAAAUUUGGAUUUUAAUCUAUUAUCUUUGGCAGGUGAGACUACUUCUCCUAAUACUGAAAGUAAACCUGUGGCCCCAGCUAGGAGAAAGAGAGUGGGCCAAAGGCGGGGCGAGAAUAGGAAGGUGGUGGUCUCAAGUACAACAGAGGAAUUGGAGACCCACUUUCCUGUGGUUCAGGAGUCGGACAUUAUGUUCCAGGAUGCACAAUCUCCCAACGAGUCAAAGCUUCCCAAUGGCCAGCUAGGAGGAGAAGAAAUCCGGGAAGAGGACGAAGAUGUUAAUGGAGACAUUAAUGAAGAUGUUAACAGCAAAUGUGCUCGAUUAGAAACUGAAAAUAAAGAAUUGCAAGAAAUUAAAGUGAAACAAGAAGUGAAGAUCAAUGAAAUGCAAAUGAAAAUUGUACGACUAGAGAGAUACAUUAAGGAAUUAAGUUCUAGUAACUCAGUUAUCAUUCAGAGAUAUGAAAGCAGAAUUUCUACCAUGGACAAUGCUCAUAGGUCUUCUUUGAAGACUCUUCAGGACAAAUUGGCGGCGGAAAAGAGGUCCACGGAUGAAGCGGUCAAGCGCGUCAUGAUCCUGCAGACUCAGCUUCAGCAUUAUAACCUUAAGUUUGGCGAACUUCCUGACUAAUUGUUUUAGAAAUUAUACAAUACAUGUAUUAGACAAAUCAUGAGACUUUACUGUAGAAACUGAGAUUAUUCAGGGCCUGGGUUACAAAAUUUAUCAGAUGAAAGUAAGUCACUUGUAUUUCUUUUGAUUUUGUUUGUUUUGAUGUUAUGUUGCUGUUUAAGAAUUGUCCACAACCUUAAGAACAGUGUGUUACCCUUAUGAAUUAAACUUCUUGUUUCAAUGGCUUACAGAGUCAUAAGAUUGUGUUAAACAGUCUUUCCAGAAGUAAAUCCAGGAUGUUUAUACAUCAUUUGUACUGUUGUACAGACCUUAAUAGGACGUACUGACACAAGUAUUGAAGUUGAGAUAAUUAGUUAUGUACUAAAUCCUGGCAAUCAUAAUGUAAUGGUUGUAGCAAUACAGUGGUGCACUUAGGCAAUAUUACACAGUGUUAAAGGUCAAUUGAUUGCAUAAAUAUGCAAUGCAAUAAUAAUCAAUGCUCAAUAUAAUUUUCAGAGUUUUUACACAUUUUGUUUUUGAAGUUAAUUUUUAAAUGUAAAGUUGCAAUUAACAAUUGCUCAUUCCUGGAAAUGUACAUAAUUAUAAUGCUUUUUAGCAUUCAGUUGAUUGAUCUCUUUAUAUAAAGUUGAAAGGAAUUUUUUUCAAGACUCAGUAUUGCAAUAUCUUAAGUAAACUUGUGGCCUGAUGUACUCCAUUUCUAGGUCAAAAUUUAACUGAAAUCAACCUCUUUAGUUUUUCAUAAUUUCUUAAGCUUGACAAUGUAACCCUCUGUAUAAUACUUGUUUCCUGCUUAUUGCAAUGAAAUUAAUUCAAAUGGCAUUACAGCGUACAAUGCAAUCAUCUGUCAAUGACCAUCUUUCAUAGUUUAUUUUCAUGUCCUGUUUAUAUAAAUAUAUUGUAAUAAAUGAAAGGGUACUUUUUAUUGUCCAUUUCAUAUAUGACUUUUAUUAGUUAAGAAGAAAAAAUAAUGUGACAUUCACAAUUAUUGUAACAAUGUCUAUUUAGGUUUUUCAUAUUCACGUGUACACAUUUUAAUAUCCAAUAUCUCAUAAAACAUUGAAAUUUAAAAUUUGGGUGGUCCUGAUAUUAUAUUUGAUAAUUAGUCUCCACAUGCAUCUAGAUCCAUUCAAACUACUUUUUAUUAGUGUACGUAUGUAAUUUGAUGUGUCUCACUUUUACAUGAAGCUAAUUAAACAUUCCAUGUCACAUUUCACACAUCUUGUACUAAUAUGAUUCGACAAUGUCUCAUUUUUAGCCAAUAAACAUUCCACCUAUGAAUCAGUCAUUACAAUUUCUGCACUUAUUUAUAUCAAUAUUGUGAACUUUCCCAAGCAAGUGUACACUUUUAUAGCAGAUAUAUUUUUUUUGUACCAUUUUAAUUGAGGAAUUACUUUAUGAGCAAAUGAAAUUGUUAAGAAUUGCAAAUUUUAUUUCGAUUAUGAAUUUUUAGGUGUAAGUGAAGUUAUCAUACGUUUCUCAAUCUAAAGUGGAAUAUGUUUAAUACUUGUAAGAAUGUUUUCAAUUGUGUUCAUGAAGUAACAAGUAUGUCUUUAAUAUGAUUAACAAGUGCUAAAGACUGUAUCCUACAAGUGUUAGUUUCAUUACAGCAGGUACAGUAAAACAUGCUUAUAAUGAACACAGUUAUAACAAAUACCUAUAGCUAAGUAAUUUAAAUUUCCCAAGGUUUAAACCUUAUCAAAACUUUAAGGGAUAAUUAAUUAAGUCAACAAAGAGACAAAACUGUCUGUACCUGGACUUCAUUAUAAGCAUGUUUUACUGAAGCGCAUCAGACCAAUGUAAUUGUUUGUUUUCUGUCAAGAAUCAAUUAAUACCGAUAAUAUCGAUAGAGUUAAAUAUGCUAAAAGCCAACAUACUACUAGAUAGCAAAGAAUACCAUGUCAAAUAAAGUAUUACUAGUUCAGAAUGUUAGUCUCCAGAUGGAUGACUAUAAUAAUUUGUACUAUAAAUCUUUACUUACCCCUUUUCCCCUACUUUCUUGACAUUAAUUGUGGGGAAUUCUGGUGCUGUACAGGAAUUUCUAUGUAAAAGAUAUUGGUAUUGUGUUUUAUAAAGUAAAUUGAAAUUGCUCUACACAUUUUAUUACUUCUGCUCAAUUUUUUCUUUUCUUACAUGAACAAAUUAAAAUCAUGUUUUUUUUACUAUGUUCUAAUAUUGUGCUUAUAUUUUGUUGUCUUUGACUGUUAAAAGCUUGCUGGGUGCUAAUAUUACAACCUAACAUUAUUUCCUGUUAUUGUUACAAACACAGUUUUUGAUUGGUACAUUUACAAAAUAAAAUGUAAAUAUUU